GCGCAGCUGGGUUCUUCUGGUGCCAGCAUGGAAGGACUGAAAAGUGUUCCCGAGACGGGGACGGCGGCUCUUUCCGAGCCGGGUUCUGCGGAGCUUCUGGGAGACGAAUGUUAUGUGGAUUUUUUGCCGGAAGACUUUGACGUGAAGGCAUAUACCUCUCAAUCCAUCCACCAGGCUGUUAUUGCUGAACAAUUAGCAAAGCUUGCUCAAGGGAUCAGCCAGUUGGAUAAAGAGCUUCACUUGCAAGUAGUUGCAAGGCAUGAGGACUUGCUGGCACAAGCAACUGGCAUAGAAUCUUUGGAAGGUGUUCUGGAAAUGAUGCAGACCAGAAUUAGCGCCCUCCAGAGCACCGUUGACAGGAUCAAAGCCAAAAUUAUUGAACCCUACAACAAAAUCGUAUCCCGCACGGCACAGUUAGCAAGGCUUCAGGCUGCUUGUGACCUGCUGAGGAGAAUCAUACGGAUCUUGUACCUCAGCAAAAGACUUCAAGGCCAACUUCAAGGUGGAAGCCGAGAGAUCACCAAAGCUGCUCAGAGUCUCAACGAACUCGAUUACCUUUCUCAAGGAAUAGACCUUUCUGGAAUUGAGGUAAUUGAAAACGAACUGCUUUUUAUUGCAAGAGCUCGACUCGAAGUAGAAAACCAGGCCAAAAGGUUGCUCGAACAAGGAAUAGAAACCCAGAAUCCUACUCAAGAAGGAACUGCUCUUCAAGUUUUCUACAAUCUCGGAACAUUAAAAGUUACAAUCGCUAAUGUGGUGGAGGGAUAUUGCACAGCCUUGGAGGAGAAUGUCAGCAACGCUUUGGAUUUUAAAGUUUUGACUCAGCCCUCUCAAGUAGCUAGAGGUGGUCCCGGUCGAGCAGCUAUGCCCACCCCAGGAAAUACUGCAGCCUUCCGAGCAGCUCUCUGGACCAAUAUGGAGAAAUUGAUGGAUCAGAUCUGUGCGGCUUGUGGACAGGUGCAACAUCUCCAGAAGGUCUUGUCUAAGAAAAGGGAUCCUGUGACCCACGUGUGUUUCAUUGAUGAGUUGGCAAAGGAUGGGCAGUCCGACAUUUUGUACUGUUUCUGGACAGCAGUGACUCAAACUCUGGCUUCAGAAUUUCAGAAAGCAUCUGAAACUUCCAUGUUUUUGAAACAGGCUUUUGAAGGCGAAUAUCCUAAAUUGCUGCGGCUGUAUAACGAUUUCUGGAAGCGCCUUCAACAAUACAGCGAAAGCAUUCAAAGAAACGUGAUUGCGAACGGCAGCGCCGAGCCCUUAGCCGAAGUUCCCCAAAUAGAGGACGAUGUGCAGGAUCUAUUCAUGCAGAAGAAACAGGAUUAUGACCCGGAGAAAGCACUGAAAAAUUCUUUGCAACCGUACGAAGCUGCCUACCUAUCGAAGUCACUGUCGCGACUCUUUGAUCCCAUCAACCUGGUGUUUCCUCCCGGAGGUCGCAACCCUCCAUCGGCCGAUGAACUGGACAGCAUCAUUAAAAUCAUUGCAAGUGAGCUGAACGUGGCAGCUGUGGAUGUAAACCUCAGCUUUGCGGUAUCAAAAAACGUGGCCAAGACUAUCCAGUUAUUUGGUGUGAAGUCUGAACAACUUCUGUCCACACAGGGAGAAGCCAGCCAGGUGAUCGGCCCGUUAACCGAAGGGCAGAGACGAAAUGUGACGGUCGUGAACUCCCUCUACAAGCUGCACCAAUCCAUUCUGAAAGUGAUCUCCAACCAAAGUGGAUUUCCAAGCGCUUCAGAGAAAACCGUUCAUGCUGCUUUGAAGACAAUCCACGGUUUGAUGGGCAACGCUGUGCAACCUUUGCUGGACUCUGUGGGUGACUCCAUAGAAGCUAUUAUCAUGACCAUGCAUCAGGAAGAUUUUUCUGGGUCCCUUCCUCCUUCGGGAAAGCCGGACGUCCCUUGCUCUCUGUACAUGAGGGAGCUGCAGGGGUUCAUCUCCAGGGUCAUGAACGAUUAUUUCAGGCACUUCGAAUGCUACGAUUUCGUCUACGACAGGACCGAGGGCCUUGCUCAGAGGGCCAUUGAGGUCUUCAUCCGCAAUGCCAGCCUGCUCCGGCCUCUUGGCGAAGGCGGGAAAAUGAGGCUGGCAGCCGACUUCGCUCAGAUGGAGUUAGCCGUGGCACCCCUUUGCAGACGCGUCUCUGACCUGGGAAAAUCCUACAAACUCUUAAGAUCAUUCAGACCAAUGCUCUUCCAGACAAGCGAGCAUAUCUCCAACAGCCCAGCGGUGGGAGACGUCAUUGCAUACAGCACCGUCAUCCAGUUCUUAUUCACGAGGGCGCCAACCGAAUUGAAGUCCCCUUUCCAGAGAGCAGACUGGACCAUUGCCCGUUACUCGCGGUGGCUCGAUGACCAUCCGGCAGAGAAAGAGCGACUCAUUUUAAUACGGGGAGCCCUGGAAGCUUAUGUUCAAUCAGUAAGAAGCAGAGAAGGGAAAGAAUUUGCCCCCGUUUAUCCCGUCAUGGUGCAGCUUCUUCAGAAGGGACUGAGCUCCGUUCAGUAAAUGUUUUUUUCUGCAAAACAUCGGAAGUCCCUGAUCAACCCACACGG